AUGGAUGCUGUUGAUUUGUACGUCUGCGCCGUCACCUCGCUGCUGGCAGAGUGGACGACGACAAUGUUUGCGCGAUCUACCGUCAGAUGGGCGGCUGGGGCGGGACACGCGUUCAUGGACAUCGCCAUUGGCAGCCAGCCCCCGCACCGUGUGACCUUCGAGCUUUUCAGGAAGAGGUGCCCUAUUGCCUCGGAGAACUUUCUGAAGCUGUGCACAGGUGAGAAUGUGCUGCCGCGGGUCUCCAGCAUCGAAGGAAUCGGUGAGCCGUCCUUCCAAGACCAGUUUCUGCCGCAGUUGACGUACCGCAACACGACGUUGCACCGCGUGUGUAAAGGCUAUCUCGUGCAAGGCGGCGAUAUCGUCUCUGGUCAAGGGACAGGUCAGCUUUCCAUCUACGGCGAAUCCUUUGAUGCGCCGGAAGAGGUGAAGGCGUCCAAGUUCGAUCGAAUGGGUCUCUUAGGCACGGCCGUGAGUGCGCCGCACUUGAAUGGGUCGCAGUUUUUCAUCCUUACGACUGACAAGGCGCCGCACCUGAACGGCACGUGCAUCUGUUUCGGCCGCGUCGUGGACGGAUGGGCUGUGGUGAAGGCCAUCGAGGCCAUCCCGCUGACGGCCGCCGGCGAGCCAGGGGAGCGGGUCGUGGUGGUCGAGUGUGGCAAGCUCUAA